UAUGGCGGGCCCAGUGUGUUGCCAGCGUCGGUAACGCGGCACACCGGGUCCUGCGGCAGCUCGGUAUAUAAGGAGCCUCCUCGCGUCCAGGCUGCCUAGUUCCCAGACACAACCACCGCGUCAAGAUGAAGACCCUCAUUGUGUUGGCCGUGGUGGUGGUGGCGGCGGCAGCCAAUCCCCUGGGUGGCUUGCAGGACCAGACUGGCCAGUUUGUUCUGGCUAAGGAUUACUCUCUAGAGGAUGGAACAGAAUACUCCAUAAAGUACGUCAAGCCCUACACACCAGGGAAGCCGCUGCCUGCCUUCUACCACAGCAUGGACAGCUCUGAGGAGGUCCGCUACUACCUGGCCAGCGAGCAGGGUCGGCAACGCAUGAGUUGGGCAGACCGCGUCAACAAGCUGCGUCACGUGCUGUCCACAGGCAUCGACGUCUCCAAUGAACUGUUCUUCAACAUGUACUCCAAAGGCACCGUCAACCUGCCGUCUGACCACCAGUACUACGUGGAUUCCUCGGGCGAGAUCUACUACGAAUCAGACCACAAGAAUCAGGUGGCGCAAACAGUGUAAGCUACCGGCCGUCCCAACUCAGGCAGGGUCUCAGCCAGUGCUGGGAUCCUGAGCAGUGAAGCUGUCGUAGUUCCUCGGCAGUGAAACAAUGUGCCACCACUGCUACAGUAGCUACACUCAUUAUAUAUCCAAUUUUGUUAUCCACUAGCAGUACCACCAUCUAGAUCUUCUGGAUAAUGUUGGUAGCUUUAAAUGUUUUGGAUACAGAACAUUGUGACUAAAGGUCAGUUUAGUAAUGUAGCUGCAAAGGCUCUAGUUCCUUGGCAGGCAUCGUCAUCAUGCAAAGCCACUGUAGUGAUAAAAUGAAAUAAAACUAAGUUAUUUUAUGACAGAU